AUGGUUUUUCUAGCUCACGAACGAAACGACAAGGCUUUGGAUCCAUGUACGGAGGGCAAGCAAUGGGCAAUUACGGUGGACAGAUGUAUGGAAGACAAGGAGGCUUCGGAGCUCAAAUGUACGGAAGGCAAGGUUACGGAGGCCAGAUGUAUGGCAGACAAGGAUACGGUGGUCAGAUGUAUGGAAGACAGGGAUACGGUGGACAAAUGUACGGAAGACAAGGAUACGGUGGUCAAAUGUAUGGAAGACAGGGGUAUGGUGGUCAAAUGUAUGGAAGGCAGGGAUACGGUAGGCAAGCGUAUGGAAGGCAAGGAAAUGGUCGUCAAAUGUAUGGGAGACAGGGAUACGGUAGGCAAAUGUAUGGAAGACAAGGAUACGGUGGUCAAACGUAUGGAAGACAAGGUUACGGAGGUCAGAUGUAUGGAAACCAAGGAUAUAGUGGACAGAUGUAUGGAAACCAAGGAUAUGGUGGGCAGAUGUACGGAAGACAAGGAUAUGGUGGUCAGUUGUAUAGUGGACAAAGCUAUGGUAGUCAGAUGUAUGGCCAGCAAGGAGGCUUUGGAUCUCAAAUGUUUGGUAACCAAAUGA